AUGGGCUCGCUAGACCACCAUCACAACGGCCUCUUCGGCAAGGAGCCCUGGUGGAAGGAUGCCACGUUCUACCAAGUCUACCCCGCGAGCUUCAAAGACUCCAAUGGGGAUGGCUGGGGUGAUCUCCAGGGCGUCCUCUCCGAGAUAGACUAUCUCCAUGACCUCGGCGUGGAUGUAGUCUGGCUGUCGCCCAUAUUCGAGAGCCCACAAAAAGACAUGGGCUACGACGUCUCGGAUUACCAGAAGGUCUAUGCCCCGUACGGAACUGUCGAGGACGUUGACUCCCUCAUCCGGGCCUGCCAUGACAGGGGAAUGAAGCUCAUCCUCGACCUGGUGGUCAACCACACCUCUGUCGAGCACGAGUGGUUCAAGGAGUCGCGCUCGUCCAAGACGAACCCCAAGCGCGACUGGUACAUCUGGAAGCCAGCGCGGUACGACGCCGAUGGCAACAGGAUGCCGCCCACCAACUGGCGCGGCUACUUUGCGUGCCCGACGUGGACGUGGGACGAGCACACGCAAGAGUACUACCUCCACCUCUACGACCCCGACCAGCCCGACCUGAACUGGGAGACGAAAGAGUGCCGCGAGGCCAUCUACGAGAACACGAUGCGCUUCUGGCUGGACCGAGGCGUCGACGGGUUCCGGAUCGACACAGUCAACAAGUACUCCAAGCGCACCGAGUACGUCGACGCGCCGGUGACCGACCCGACGUCGCCGGACCAGCCCGCCCCGGAGAUGUGGUGCAACGGCCCGCGCAUCCACGAGUUCAUCCGCGAGAUGCGGGCCAAGGCCCUGGCGCCGUACGGGGCCGUAUCGGUGGGCGAACUCUCCAACACUCCCCUCACCUCGCAGGUGCUACCCUACGUGUCCGCCGCCGCCGAGCAGCUCGACAUGGUGUUCGAGUUCUCCAUGAUCCGCCUCGGCACGGGCGGCGGCUUCGGGGCCAAGUACAUCUACCACCCCUUCCCGCUGUCGACCCUGAAGGCCGUCGUGGCUAAGUGGCAGACCUUCAUCGAGGGCACCGACGGCUGGACGACGGCCUUCUGCGAGAACCACGACAACGGGCGCGCCGUGUCGCGCUUCGGCGACACGUCGACGCCUGAGCUGUGGGCCGCGUCGGCCAAGACGCUCGCGCUCUGGCAGGCCACGUUGACGGGCACGCUGUUCCUGUACCAGGGGCAGGAGAUCGGCAUGAAGAACAUGCCGGCCUCCUGGGGCAUCGGCGAGUACCGGGACAUCGAGAGCGGCAACUUCUACGCCGAGGCGGUGCGCUCGGGCGACGCCGGCCGCGUCCGCGACACCAUGGACGGCCUGCGCAUCCUCGCCCGUGAUCACUCUCGCAUCCCGUUCCAGUGGGACGACUCCGCCAACGCCGGGUUUGCGCCAGAUGGGGCCCGGCCGUGGAUGAGGGUGCACGACGAGUAUCGCGAUAUCAACGCUAGGAAGCAGGCUGGUGACCCUGAGUCGGUGCUCGAGUUCUACAAGAGGGUGCUUCGGAUGAGGAAGCAGUGGCGCGAUGUGUUCAUCCAUGGCGCGUUCAGGCUGCUCGAGCCUGAUAAUGAGGCCGUGUUCUCGUAUGUGAAGGAGAGUGCUAGUGCGCCAGGUGGCGCCACGAGGAAGGCUCUCGUGGUACUGAACUUCUCCAAGGAGGACCAGCCUUGCAUUGAUGCCGCUGAGACACUGGGUUGCAAGCAGGCGCAGGUGACGCUUUUGAUCGACACAGUUACUGGCUGUGAGUCUGCUAAGGAGGGAAGUCGGACAACUCUGAGGCCGUGGCAAGGCAGAGUUUAUGUAAACUUUUAA